UAGUAUAAUACUCAAAUGGUCCGGGUAGUCGAGACUGGAUAUCAGGGCCCAGAUUCUAACCAGCCCGUUUGCGACCCAAACACUGAAGCAUCAUCAGUUCGUCACUUACUGGCCUUCAACCCUAACCCCUCUUUCUCUCUCCUCCCCAAAAAGCUUCAACUUCAAACCCAGAAUUCUAAUGGAGUAAAACCCUUCAAACUCAAAAACCCUCAGAAAGCCACAAUGAGCAAACCACCUCUUUCAUGGCUAUCCCGCUUAAUCUCCAGCAAAGCCCUAACCCUAAAACCCCAUCACCAAACCCGCCAUUUCUCUCUCCUCCGCCCCAUUUCCGCAAUCCCCAUCAUCAAACCCCCCCACCAGACCCGCCAUUUCUGUGAUUUCUUAUCCGACGAUGCAAUGGAGAAGACACUCCAAAACCUCAAAAAGGAAGCAGAAAUAGAGAAGCACAGGGAGAGAGAAGAGAAGCGAAAGGCUGGCAUUUUCGUCGAUGAAGCAAUUGAAGAAGAGGAGGAAGAUUGGAUGGGUGUUAACCCUUUGAUUGAGAGAUUAGAGAAGGAAGAUGCUAAAACUUAUGGUAUGCAUGAUAAGAUGAAAUGGGAUCCUUCGUUUGAAGAAGCUACUGAUUCUGAUUCUGAAGAUGAUGCAUGGGAAGACCCUGAGUUUCAGGAAGAGACUAGGAAGUUUAAUUUGAUGGUUGAAAGGAAGUUUAAGCGUUACCAGGGGUUGCUUAACGGAUUCGCCAAGUCUAAAACUGUUGAUGAUGGCUUGAAAUGGAUGAAAAAGAUUGACAAGUUUGAGGAGAAGCAUUUCCGUUUCCGACUGGAGUACAAAGUAAUUGGCGAAUUGAUAAAUCGUUUUAAGAAAGCCACUGGAAAAGACAAGUUUCUGCUUGCUCAGAAGUUGAACAGGGCUAUGAGGUUAGUGGAGUGGAAGGAAACUUUUGAUCCUAAAGAUCCUGCCAAUUAUGGAAUUAUACAUAGGGAGGAAUUACCUUCAACAGAAGACCCUGAGGAUGAUGAAGAACAAGAAAAGAGAAUGAUAGAAGGUAGGGUCGAUGAUGAUGAAGAAGAAUUUGAUGACAUGAAAGAGAGAGAUGAUAUUCUUCUUGAGAAGCUUAAUGCUAUCGACAAAUUGCUAGAACAGAAACUAACAGCAUUGGAUCAUACAUUUGGAAAGAAAGGAAAACUUUUGGAAGAAGAGAUUAGAGAUCUUGCAGAAGAGAGAAAUUCGUUGACAGAGAAGAAAAGAAGACCAAUGUUCAGGAAAGGCUUUGAUGCAAAAUUGAUUGAUAUGAAUCGGACUUGCAAAGUGACAAAGGGUGGUCAAGUGAUCAAGUUCACGGCAAUUAUAGCAUGUGGGAAUUAUAAUGGUGUUGUCGGUUAUGCGAAAGCUAAAGGUCCAGCAAUACCUAUUGCUCUUCAGAAGGCGUAUGAGAAAUGCUUUCAGAAUCUUCAUUACAUUGAUAGAUAUGAAGACCAUACAAUUUCACAUGCUGUACAGACAACAUACAAGAAAACCAAGGUCUAUCUAUGGCCUGCAAAAACUGCAACAGGAAUGAAGGCAGGCAAAACUGUCCAAACGAUAUUGAACUUGGCUGGUUUUAAAAACAUCAAAUCAAAGGUUGUUGGUUCGAGGAAUCCACACAACACUGUCAAGGCUCUUUUCCAAGCAUUAAACGCGGUCGAAACUCCAAAAGAUGUUCAAGAGAAGUUUGGCCGAACUGUUGUCGAAACUUAUCUUUUAUAACUAAUGUUCCAAUAAUUUUUUCAAUCUUUGCCCUUUUUCGUCAUUUUUAUCCCUUGGAAACGGAGGGGGAAAACUUGUGGGGGUAGAUUUUGUUCACUCCCCUUGAACAUUGUAUUUUUGUAGUUUAAUUAAUAUGUAUCCCAAUAGGAAAUUCUGUUGCCUAGUAUAAUACUUUCAAUUUCCUUCUGUUUGGGUUGUAAAGGAGAAAAAAAGGUCUGGAAUAGCUUUCACUAGUUCAGCUUUGACAAGAUUUUGAAUAAGUUUCCAAAUUUGAGGAAGGGACUCACAUUUUUCGUCU